AUGGGCCGUUGGGAGUGCAGGCAGGCGAACUGUCGGCUGCAGCCCCAGGCAGAGGAGCGAGCCGAGGCAACCGUGGAGCGACAUCUGGGCUACCAGGGGGAGCGGAGCAGGAGACCAGGUGACCUCCUGUGCCUGGUGGUUCGGCAUGGCAUCCUUGGGAGAGAAUCUGCAGUUAUGGUUGAAGCUGUUCCUGGUAAAGUUCAGCUGAUUGUUGGUACUCAUACAGAGGAUGCUGUUACCUUCUGGGCUCAGGUAAUAGAUCGGGAUGAAUUAAUCCUUGAUUUGACAAGUUCCCUCGCAAAGACUUGUCCACAGGCCAAAGGAGUUUAUGGAACUCCCAGUUCUCAAAAAAUAUAUGGUGGAUUGUUCUCUGAAGACAAGUGUUGGUAUAGGUGCAGUGUACAGUGGCAUGAAGAUGAAGAGUUCCGUGUGACAUAUGUUGACUAUGGGAAUUCUGAGAUUGUUAAUAGAUCAGCUCUUGUUGAACUGCCUGAGAAGUUUCAGUUUCCAGGUCUUGCAAGGAGGUACAAGCUCUGGGCUAUUCAUAUACCUGCUGACGGAGAGAAAGCAAAUACUGAGCAGGGAAAAGCAUAUCUACAUAAUGUAGUUUAUGAAAAACAGAUCAAAAUCCUGAUAAGGGGCACAAGCAAGGACAGCACCACGUUGGUUCAGGUUCUGCAAGGUGACAUGGACAUUGGAGAUGAAAUCGCCAGAAUGGGGUUUGCUAUAAAGGGUGACCCAGCCCACAGUGAUGAAGUGAGGCGUCUCAGUAGAAUUCUUCGGAGUCCUUCUAUCUUGUGGGCACGUAGAACUCUGGACGGAGGAAGCAGAGGUGAUAAAGUUCUGCAACAGGGAAUCAGACCAAAGUUACGCCCAGUCUUUCCUGACCAAAUACCUCCAGAUGUAAGGGAAAGAAGCACAACCUACCAAUUGCAGACAGAGAAUUUAUUGAGAAAGAAAAUAGCUAAAAUACCAGGAGAGAUUGAGAAGCUUGAUGCUGAGACAUGCACUGCUGUGCAGAACUCAGUGCUGCUAGAAUCUCAGCUGAAUGAACUAAAGCUUGAACUUCAGAAAGUUAAGGAAGAGUCUCAGCAACGACUGGAAGUUAGGAAAUGCACCGAAACACCAGUGGGGUCUAAACUGAAGGGUUUGGCAGAAAAGGUAGAGGUGCUACGCACUCUAAGACAGAGCAGCUCCAUGUGCAGUUUGGGGGAUGAUCUUUUAGAAGCGAUAGGAGUGGUUACUCAGGAUUGCAUAUCGCCGCCGGAGACCAUGGAGAAACUUACCACGGCUUGGACCAAAUACAGCCAGGCUCAAGAGAUGCUGCAGUCUUGCAAGAAUGAGGGUGAACUGGAACAGCUGAUUGCCAGACGCAAUGAAGUGAGAGAGGCUUUUUCUGCUGCAGUGGAUGAAUACCUCCUUGAAGUGGACGGGUUGUCCAUCACAGAGCGGAUGAAAACUCUUGAGGAAUUGGGGUCUGUCCUCUCUUCUGUUUUUGGAUCAUUCACAGUGGAAAAUGUUGGGGAAGAUGCAUUUGAACAAUUUUGUGACUGGAAGAAUAAUAAACAGGACGAGUUCAGUGGUGUCAGAAAUGAAACAGAUAAUUCCCUGAAGUCCCUGGGCAUGUGGUUUAGUAGCAUAAAAGAGUGUUUCAGUUUAAAGAGUGAAGCAUCUCUGUCUUCAAGCGACAUUGAUUGCAAUGUGGAUGCCCUUCUAGAGAAAGUUGAAAAGAGUGUUAACAAGGAGCUGGAGGUUUCUCUUGAAGAACAAGAUGACGAGGACUGUAAGAUUGUGUCAAAUGCCUUUUCCAAAGUGAUGCAGAAGAUACACCAAGAGCAGAAGCUUCUUUGUACUGUACAGGAAAAGUACAUUGAAAAUACUCAGUUUAAAAAGGAAAUGCACCAGUGGCAGAAUGGCACCCCAAAAGUGGAUGCACUGUUUUCGAUUCAAAAGGCAAUAAAAACCCUGAAAUCACAGCUACGGUGGAAACUGGUGGAGAAGAGCAGCUUGGAAGAAUCAGAUGAACCGGAUGACGCAGCAAUUCAGAAAAAAACAGACGAAAUAACAGAGACUAGAAACUCAAUAUUCCAAGAGGUUUGCCGCGAGAAGGAAGACUAUGAGAGACUUGGCAUCCUGGUCAAAAAGUGGUUCCCUGAGCUUCCUCUUCUGUACCCUGAGGCUCGGAUAUCACAAUAUAAUGAUUCAGAAGGACUUGUCACUAACAGCCUGGAGCGUGACCUGUUUGAUGCGAGGCCAAUGCGAGAGCUAAGUGGCAAAAGACCUUUAGUGCACACUGAAUUUCAAGGCCAGGAGGUUAUUCUAAAGGGUUAUUCUGUAGAUGCGGCUACAGAAGCAAAAGUAUUGGAGAGAGCAACCCAGUAUCACAAAGCCUGGUCUGGGUCCAAGGAACAUUGUGGAUUGCUUCCUGUACUCUUCCUGUUCUUUGGCAAGUUUGAUCCGCUUGUAUAUGUAAUGGUACCGUAUUGUCCAUUUGGAAGUUUGAGAACAGUUCAAGCGACUCACCCUUUUACUGCUUCUGAAGUUCCAAAAGUGAUGAAAGGAGUAGCAGCUGGACUACAAACACUGCAUAGUUCCAGUAUAACGCACGGAUCUCUGCACCCCAAUAAUGUGUUUGUCCUAAACCGUGAGCAAGGAGUCAUAGGGGACUUUGACUUCACAAAGACAGCAGAUCAGCGUUCCUCAACAACCUGGAUGGUGGCUGGAAACAUAAGUCUUGCUGCUCCAGAAUUGAAGGAUAGACAGACAACAUCCCCUUCUUCUGAUAUGUAUGCAUAUGGAUGUCUCCUGCUAUGGCUUAAUUUCCCAAACCACAAGUUUAAAAUGAAGGCAGAUGGGGUGCCGGAUACUGGUGAGCUGGACAUGGACCCUGAUCUUAGAAGCCUGCUCUCCAAGUUAUUAACCUACAAGGGCAGGUUAGUCUCGGCAGAAGUCCUGGCAGAGGGCUAUUUCCUGCACGCUGAUGCAGUUGCUGAAGCAGAGUGUACUGAUACCAUGAAACCAGGAGACAGCCACACAGAAGCCUCACAGGAUUGUUAAAAAGUGCUGCAAGGCUUGCACUUGAAAACAGAUUUUGUUGUUUGUUUUUUUUUCUUGGGGGUGAGAGUAUUAUGUUAUAUUCUUCAUCAGACAGACCUUGAUUCUAAUUUCUUUCAGCGUAACUAUGAAUGUUAC